AUGAACUUUUCAACCAUCUCCUUUAGAAUCUCCUCUCUCAAGGACCAGUAUAUGAUGAGCAACAAUACCAGCUCCAAUAGAAACCCCAUGGUCCUGGCUGUGGCGAAUGGCGGUAUCCCAAUUUCCAUCUAUAUCUGGCUCGCACAAGAGGCUGUCUUCCACGGAACCAGCGCCCUGUUCGAAUGGCUUGACAAGACGGGGACGGGAAAAUGCUUCAAGAUCCGCGCGGUGGACCGGAAGCCAUACGUACAUUACCUGCGCCAUGUUCUGUUCAACCAGUUCUUCAUUCUCCUGCCUAGCAUGCUCGUCGCCGAGUACUCCGGCCUGUGCUUCACAGGCCCGGCGAUCGAGGCACACCACUGGGGCCAAGUUCUGGUGUCUUUAGUGGGCAUGGCUAUUGGUCACGAUAUUGUCCAGUACAUCACGCACAGGUUUCUACUGCACCAACCCAACGUGUUCCUCAUGCGAGCUCUGAGACACUCUGUCCACCACUCGACCGGGGCUACUAAAGCAAUCAGCGCGUGCUACAUGUCGGCGCCGGACUUCUUCCUCGAGAUUGUUCUACCGUACCUUAUUCCGCUUGCUUUAGUUGGGGGCGGAGGGUCCGGCACUGCUUUUCAUUCCUUGGUCGCCGGCCUCGGGGCCAUCGGCGGCUUAUAUGAGCAUUCAGGAUACGACUUGUCCGUUAAUCUGAGGGGAAGUGGAAAGGCUGACCGCGAUGGUUCCGAGCAGGGCUUACUCUCUACAAUCGCGAGCAAGUUCCUCGACAAUCGAUCCCAUGCCCAACAUCACGUGCGAGGCAAUGUCUCGUUCUCGGAUGGAUUUGGAAGCCCUGGCAUAAGUGACACCAUAUUCGGGACUCGUUGGGACCUGGCGGUCAAACGUCGGGUUGCGCAUGCUGAAAAGGAGUGGCAACGACAGCGUGCUGAGUUAUCCUAG